UUAUUUUUAGCUUCUUCUCCUGAGUCUGACAGAAGCGAUUUGUUAUCUGAACUCGAAGUAAUGAAGACGCUGAAACCUCAUCCACACGUCAUACGCCUACUGGGAUGUGUUAUUGAAACUGGUAAAAUAUAUAUUAAUGAUGAACGCAUUUGAACGUACAUCUUUAGAAGUUAACAGUUAAUGUAAAACUGUUUCAGUUUCAGUUUCUAAAUUAUUGCUGGUAUUAUAGAAAAACCCGUAUAGUGUAAAGUGCCUUGACUUAUUUUCUAGAGCCGUUAUUGGUUUUGAUCGAGUAUGUCCCGUAUGGAGAUCUCUUGGGCUACCUGAGAAAGAGCCGUGGACUCAAUGAUACUUAUUUUAAAGACCCGGAUAUCAAGCCCCAAACAAGUCUGACGUCAGAGCAGCUGAUGAAGUUUGCUUGGCAAAUUGCUGAUGGAAUGAGUUACCUGUCAUCAAGAUCUGUAAGUCAAAGGAUCUGAGUGCUUUUAGAAUUGUGAAAGUCUAGGAAAUACUAUGAAGAACGUCAUCGACAUUAAGUUAUUAAUUAAGAUUUCUGUGCAAAAUAAGCAGCGAACCAUGCCAACUAUACUUAUCGAAACAUGUGCAAGUAUUUUGAUUAAUAAAUGAAUUAAUGAAUGACUGAGGAAUUAAUAUGCCAGUGGUCUAGAAGAUGGGUCAAAAUGGGCUAAUUUUGCUCUAGUACAAAUUUAAUUGAUUGGUUAAGUAUUUCUUACAGAUUAUUCACAGAGAUCUAGCAGCUCGCAACGUGUUAGUUGGGGAAAGAGAAACGUGUAAAGUGACUGACUUUGGAAUGGCCAGGGAUGUCCAGCAAGAGAAUAUUUAUGAAAGAAAGACAAGGGUAUCUGAGUUAAGAACUAAUAAGAUUAAUAAUUGAAGAUGAAGAGAAUUUAAAAACAAUGAUUUAAAUUAUAUUAUCCAUCGUGUUUGUCUCGCAUUAAGGUAGCCACACAGAUUUCGGGCAUUUCAAACUACCCUUGAACUCUAAAACCUACUUAAUUCAUACUUAUUUUGCUUGAUAAUUACUCUAACUUAAUUGUCUUUAACGUACUUCCCUGCGAAAGUAGGUAGCCUUCUAUAUAUGAAUCCUCAGACUUAUACUUUACUUAUUAAUAGGGAAGCACCAUGGCUACGAAAAUUUGGUAAACUAUCUAUCCGUGAAAAUUUGGUUAUGGCAUAGCGUACGCGCGCCCGUACGUACACUUCAUGUAAACUGACUUCAAAUGUCACAUUAGAUCGUGCACAAAUUGACACUAGCCUGUCAGCUAUGUAAGCUCUACGUAUGAGGAUGAAUCGACAGCUGUCAAAAUCAGACAUCCGCUGACAAUUAUCACAUGAUCAUCUCGCGGGCUCAGAUAAAAGACUAGUCGUUUUGUCCCUACUUAGAAGCUGAUAUAAUAUGGUACACUUACAAACAUAAAAUUGAAACUAAGCUUUCACCGGGCAGGGCUGUCAGUCGGCUGCCAGUAGUUUCAAGUUAUAUGCGCAAGCGGUAAAUCACAUUGCCGCCGACACGUUUAGAGAGGACAAAAAAAAAGAAAAAAAAGGAGUCUUUCUUUCCACUAAAUUUUAAUGUCUACAUUAACUUAGAUAACAGAGAAAGAGCAAGAACGAAAAAUAAAUAACAACGGAGACCAAUUUCGUUGGAAGAAAAACAUGAAAAUUACAUAGCGACGGUUAGAAAAUGAGAAAUGGUAGCGGCUACCAAAAUGAAAAUGAGCGGCAGCGGAAAACAGGGUGAACAGGAACAUAAACAUUUCCUCCAUAAAACGUGUAAAUAGGAAGUGAAAAAAAGUUUCACGUUUUAGUCUUGCAAAACAACAGCAAGGAAAUGUACAAAAAAGUGUGCUGCACGUGCAAAGUUGUUUUUUGCUGAUUAGAAAAAAGUGUGCUGCAAGUGCAAAGUUGUUUUUUGUUAAUUAGAUAUACUGUUGUUGUUUUUACCGCUCCCGUUGUUUUCACCCUGUCUUUAGUAUUACCGUAUUUAUUCGAUUAACCGCCCUGGGCGCUUAUUAAAUUUUUGGACCUUGAGAGUGGGCGCUUAUUCGAGGCUGGGCGCUUAUUGAAUUUUCAACAUUUUCAGCAAGUUUAGUAUGUGUAUUUUCCAACAAAACAAUAAAUGGUAAUAACAGAACGUGAAGAUGUAACAAAGCAAGGUUGCUGUAAAAUACUUUGAAGAAAACUCCGUCUUCGCGGAAGUCUCUUAUUAGUAUUUAUUCAAUUUUAGGGGUGGUCGCUAAUUUGAGUUCGAGUGGGAGUGGGAGGAAGGUGUGGUGGGGCGGGCGCUUAUUCGAGGCUGGGCGCUUAUUAACUUUUUCUGCCUUUAGGAUGGGCGCUUGUUCGAGGUGGGCGCUAAUUCGAGGUUGGGCGCUUAUUCGAAUAAAUACGGUACUCGAUUUUGUAUUUUCUUUGAGGAAACAAUAUCAAGGAGAGCUUCGCUUUUAGCCCUGGAUAAAUCUACAUAUUAAGAAUCUUAAUCUCAAAAAGAAUUUCAAAUACUUCUUUUUCACUCGUUCUGCGUCUCACUUUCUACCGCCAGGGACGUCUGCCAGUCAAGUGGACUGCAUAUGAAGCGUUGAUGUUUAACACUUACACCACCAAGAGUGACGUGUGAGUAAAUAGAAAUGAAAUUUGAGACAAUUUUGGAACAUCACGAGUGGUGUUUGUGCCGAAUGUCACGUGCAAAGUAUGCUAUUAUUUGUUUAUACCACUAUCCACAAAAGGUUUGUAAUUUUCACAUGUAGGUAUUUCAAGUUAAGCUGAAAUACCACUGCUCUAAGCCAAUCAAAUUGCAGAAAUUUCUCAAGUAGUGGCAUAACAGUUGUAUAUCGGUACGUGUGCGCGUACAAUUUUAUUUUGAGCGCGCGCAUUAUUUGUUUAUUUAUUUAAUUGACGUGUACAUUUAAUUCGUUUAUCAACGUCUUAAUUUUACUUUGCGUUAUUUUCCUCACUUAUACAUUGUCCGUGACUGUGCUCACAUGGUGGGUGGCUCCUCCUAAAAUGUUCUGCAAUUGGUAUAGGAUUUAAUGGAGCCGAAACCAAUUGUGGAAUUUCACGCAUUUUAGGCAUCCUACUGAUGAACAGUUGCGACACGUAGAUGUAUAUUUUUUAGCAACUAAGAUAAUUUGCAGUCUGUCUACUUUGAAUUGUCUGGAAAUACAGUUUUUGAUGUUGAAUAUUAUUGAGUACUUAAUGUUUUCUUUAUUUUACAAAUCAACGCUUGCACUUUAUUUGCAGUUGGAGCUAUGGCGUUGUUCUUUAUGAGAUUUUUACUGUAGGUAAGUUGUUGUUUUUUUCUUGAUUAAGGAUCAUGGCCUUCGUCGCGGAAGUUUCUUUUGCAAUAGGUUCUGGAGACGUAGUUUGUUUGAAUUCCUAUAUUUUCAGGUGGUUCUCCGUACCCGCGAAUGGAUGGCAAGAAAAUUGCUGGCUUGCUUCAACAAGGAUACAGGAUGCUAAAGCCGCAGCACGUGGAUGACAAAUUGUAAUAGUAACCUUUUAAAUUAAUGACAGUUUGUGGUUGUAUACUGUAUGUAGUUGUAUUAUUUUUUCGCACACUCAGUGGUAACAAUAGAUACUAGGUGUGGUCAAUCUUGGAUUAAAAGUGUCUUUGGCCUCUUAUUAAAGAACAUUUCGAGAGAAAACACUAAUCGAGAUGAGAUGAUUUCAUUCUCUUAGGUAUCAAAUCAUGAUAAACUGUUGGCAAAAUGAGCCAGAAGCGAGACCAUCAUUCACUGAUUUGACGAAACAGUUGAAGGACAUGGAAAACCAGCAUAAGGUGAGGUUGUCGUUACCUAGUGACAUAAAACGUAUUUCAGUGACAUCAGCUGAAUGCAUUGACAACAAUAUAAUUGCUCGGCUAUUAACCACUUUGAGGUUGCGCAGGAGGCUGGGUCGAGAUGGUUUCAAAGUGCAUUUUGGGACUGUUUUGGGGGACGUAUUUCCACAUGGCGGCAAAUUCGUCCUCCAAAACAGUUCACAAUGCACUUUGAUAAGAAUCUCAACCUGGUCUCCCGCCGAACCGCAAAGUGGCCAAUAGGGCUCAUCAUUUCCUGUUAGCUAAGCUGUCAGCAAGGGUGGCCUAUUCUAAAUAGCAAGUUUAAUCUUUUUUUUUCUGCAAUUUCUCAGUUACAGUGGAUAUGUUUUGGUUAAGGUUUGCUCUUGGUUUAAAUCUCAUGUUCCUUUGUUUUUGGGUACGGUACUGUAUGGUUAUGAGAUUGAAACAAAAGAAAAUAAAAUUCAAAACAAGGAUAAAAUUGAACUUCAACAAAUACAUCUUUCAUACAUUGCAUUUACCCGCAGAGCUAAGCUGAAAUAAAGAAUAGCAAUAAAGGGACAAUAGUCGAGAACAGUAACGACCUUAUAGCUUUUAAAGCCACAAGAAGAUCCCGUUGAAUAUAUACACCGUACUACUGUGCUUUUCACACACGAACUCUAAAGUUCAAAAGUUGCCUUCACAAUUGCGUUUUUCGCUGCCGUCAAUUAUGAUUACGAUUGUAAACGUCGAACCGUGAAACACACAAAACGGACCGAAAUCUACCAAUCACAAAUCACAACUGAACCAUGGCCUUUUGAACCCGUUGAAGUAAACUUCUGUUUCCUAAGAGGUCCGCUAAGAUGAUUUGACGGCAGCCAAGUUGGCUUUUGAACUUUAGAAUUUGUGUGUUUUUGAAAAGCGCAGUUAAGAGAUGUUUCAUGAAUUGUAUAAAAAGGCGAGGGGAGAAUAGAGAGCGGAAAAAAUUCACCUGUUCUGAUUAUUAUCAUACAUGGUAGAAAAUUGAAACGAAUGCAUUUCAUCCACAGAAGCUGAUCAACAUGCAUAUUUACGACAAUCAGCUGUACGCAAGAGUAGAGGACUUGAACGUCUAA